AUGCAGAUAAGAAAUGCCUCCACAUUUCGAUUAAGUGGUCUGGAGCCGUCCCUGUGCUCGGUGCAUAGGCCGUCGGGUUCUCUCAAUUAGCACCUGAGCAGCCCACUGGGCUGGCCCAUCCGACUGUGCCCCCAAAACUGGGGUCUCCAGCGGCUCAGUAUCCAUUGUGUCACACGCGCGAGUGAACGUCUCUCUCUCGAUCGGUAGCCAAUCCGUCCCAGCUCUAGCUCUAGCUCCAGCUCCCAGAGUGAAAACCGAAAGUGAUCCGUACGACAUACGAUUACCAUGUCUGCCGGUGGCCGUUCCUCGCAGCUUUUGGUCCUCGUGGCCAUCUUCUUCAGCAGCUACAUAGUGGGCAUCUACAGUGCGGCCCGUGCCAGCAGUUUGUCCUUAACUUCAGAGACGAAGGCUAAUGAAACCCUGCUCCUGGCGAAUGAUACCCAACUCUUGGAUGACGGCAACUCCAGCUUGGCGCGCAGUGGAUCGCGACAUCCUCGCUGGUUUCCCUUCUACACAAUCGGUCGCUUCUCCAACGACAUUUGUAUUGGCAACAACCUGCUCCUGGGCACCUGCGUCAUCAACGGCGAGUGCUCGGACAACAGCGGAGUGGCGGCGGGCAGCUGCUCCUCCAUCACAGCGCAGGCCAUUUGCUGCAUUUAUCAAAGGACAUGCGGAGCAAGUACUUCCUAUAACAAUACGUACUUCUACAACAGCAACUAUCCGGCUCCUUAUGGCGGCGGCGGACGGUGCUCCAUUGUGGUCACUCCACCGGACUCGACCAUCUGCCAGCUGCGUGUGGACUUCCUGGCGCUAUCGCUGGCUCCACCGUCGGGCGAUGGAUCCUGCGCCACGGAUGCGUUGACCAUCACUGGAGGAGCCUCGCAAGUGCCCAGCAUUUGUGGCGAGAACGCCGGUCAGCAUGUGUAUGUGGACUUUAACGGCGUCAAUCCGAUCACCAUCUCGGUGGCCACCUCCGGAAGCUAUACAUUCAACCGCAACUGGCAGUUCCAGAUCAGGAUGCUGGGAUGCUCGUCGGCCACUUUGGCUCCGGCCGGUUGCCUGCAGUACUACAUGCCCAGCAGCGGCACCCUGGCCAGUUUUAACUACAAUUCGGCAGCUGCCUCCGCUCUCAAUUCCAUAGGAGUGCAGGGCACCAGGCAGUUGGCGAACACCAACUAUGGUAUUUGCAUACGCAAGGCAACGGGAAUGUGCUCCAUCACCUACAGCCAGGUUGGCUCCGACACGUACUCCUUUACGCUGACCAACGAUGUGGGUGCAGUGGAUCCCACUCUGCUGGCCACCUCAUCCGUGCAGAGCCAGGAAUGCACCACCGACUACAUCAUCAUACCGGCGCCAACGCAGGGCGGAGUUUCGAUGCCCAGCGAUCGCUUUUGUGGACUGGGUCUGGUAUCCACGACCACGUCGGCGAAGCCCUUCGUUGUCUACACAGUCACCGAUAGUAACGAGGACAUGGACAUCUCGAAUCGUGGCUUCUACUUGUCGUAUUCGCAGAACGCAUGUCCAAUUCUGUAAAUAUAGUAUAAAAUAAAAGACUUGAUAAUCAUAGCAUAACUAAAAA